AUGGCAGAUUUAGAAGCAAAAUUAUUGGAUUGUGAUACAGCUGGUUAUUGUAGUAGUAGUAGUAGUGAUAAUGAUGAUGAUAUAAAAAUUGAUAAGCGGAAUAACGUCUUGCAAAGACCUGAAAUGGGAACAAAGCAGAUAGUGUCAAGAAAUUAUCGCAAUACAGGACCAAAAGGUGUAUUAGAUGAUUAUAAAAUUUGUAAAGCAAAACUUGAAGAGAAAGAAUUAAAAAAAUAUAAACAGAUUGUUGCUCAAGCCAAAAUAUGUACUUUAUCAGGAGAGUUGCAAAAUGAUAAUUUGGAAGAAAUUCGAAGAAGACGAUUAUUAGAAAUGAAAGAUUCUUUAUAUGCCAUGAGAAAAAUAGAUGAAUUAACAGAAAAGGAGCAGUUCCUAUGUUAUAUCGAAUCAAAUCGGGAUAAAUGGGUUCUUAUUCACAUUUACGACGAUGAUAAUGAGGCUUGUAUAACCUUGAAUAAAGUCUUCAAUACGCUCGCUAUUCGAUAUCCUCAUUUGAGACUAGCAAAAGUGUUACCAUUGACGAUUGGAAUGUCGCAGCAGUUCAAGAUGAAUGCCCUUCCAACAUUGCAAGUUUAUCGGAAUGAGUCCCUGUUGGGCAACUUUGUCCGUAUAACGGAUCAGCUUGGAGAGAAAUUCACGGUGGAUCAAUUAAUUCGUUUUCUAAGCGAGAAUGAAAUAGAGCUAGGAAUAUCCGAAUAUCGAAUAAGUAAUCAUGGUGAUGACGAUAUAACCGGUUUUGAUGAUUAG